AUGAAAGUCGUUUUGUCCAUUUUGGCGGCCUGCUCACUGGCAGCUCUCAGUUUCGCCAGUUGGCUAGACGAAUUGCCAACGUGUGCGGCCACUUGUUUCGAGAACUCGCUUCCACUUUCUCAUUGCCCAUCCCAGGACCUGGGUUGUCUUUGUGCAGAUACGGCUUUUCAGGGCGCUGUGCAAUUAUGCAUUGUGAACGGUACAUGUACACCGAAGGAGAUCCUGACAACGACCAAUGCGACCUACGCGGCUUGUGAUCUUCCAUCUCAUGAUAUUAGACCAGUCAUGGUCGGUAUCCCUGCGACCUUUGGGAGUCUUGCAAUUAUAUUUGUCCUACUUCGAGUCUACGCCCGAGUAUUUAUCAACAAGUUUUUUGCUUGGGAUGAUAGGUUUAUCAUAUUGGCCUUGAUUUUUGCUUUACCAUUGAAUUUCCUUCUCUUUCCAAUGGCCAGAACUGGCAUGGGAAAGGAUAUAUGGACGAUACCUUUCGACGAUUUGACACAAACGCUGAAGGAUUUGUACUUCGCGGAGGCAUUCUACAUGAUUUCGGAGAUGUUCACUCAACUUUCAAUUCUCUUCUUCUAUCUCCGUGUUUUCGACUCGAUCCUAUUCCGUCAGUUUGCCAUUGGUAUCUCGGUUUUUGUGAUCUGCUUCGGGGCAUCAAAUACAUUCGCUAUGAUAUUUCAAUGCACACCGAUAUCGUUCUUCUGGGAUGGUUGGACAGGUGAAUAUGCCGGAACGUGCAUCAACAUUAACACAUUCUCGUGGAUCCGUGCUGCGAUUGAAAUCAUCAUUGACCUAACCAUUAUUUCUCUACCAAUCCCUCUACUACUGAGCCUUAAACUAAAUUGGCACAAGAAGCUACAGAUUUUGUCUAUGUUUUCCGUUGGGUUUCUAAUUACACUUGUCAGCAUCCUACGACUUGAAUCUCUCGUGCGAUUUUCUAAAUCCACUAAUGCAACCUAUGAAAAUGCCCCGGCAGUGUACUGGUCGGUUCUAGAAUGCGAUAUUGCCAUCGUAUGCGCUUGCAUGCCAGCCCUUCGUAUCGUCCUAGGAGCUAUUUUCCCGAAAUACUUUGGUAGCAACUUCAAUUCAGUCACCGGAGAAUCGCGUCGAACUACGCGCAACGAACAACAGCCCACGCCUAAGUCAGAUCCAGAAGCUGACCCCAUCACCAAGACAAUGGCAUCAUGGGCUGUUGGUUCAGAUGAUCGCAGCCGGACACCGUCACCGGUGGAGAUGAGCAAUGUUGAAUCUGGGGAGAAUAAGCGUUGA